AAACAAAAAGUAAAGAAAAGAAAAGAAAACAAAAGAAAAAACCCAGCCGUUCCUUCUCUCUCAACCGUAGCCUUUGUUCCACAAAAAUCCUAAUUCCCAGAAGGGCCAGAACAUUAAAGUCAGCCGCCUCUCGCACACGGUUUCUGUUAUCACAGCAAUUUCACAGUAGCUCCAGUCACCGAUCAACUAAUCCACCAGGUCUUUCCAUCAGCGACACCCACAACCGUUCCAGCAGCAAGUUCUCUCAGCCGCUGCUCCUCUUCGUCAGCACCAGCAGCACCCCACCACCAACCAGAACGUCUUCUUUUUUUGGUGAAUUUGGAACUCUAGCUUCCCCAAACUUGUUUUCAAAGCAUUGGAUGAAUGGAAAAUUAUAGAAUCGCAAGUGCAAGUUAAUUGAAAAGAGUAGCAAAUAGCAAUGAGCAUGGAGGCAGCGCAGAAAAAACCCCCUGCACAGAUUGUCAGAUUAGACAAUGCCUUCAAAAUGGCUGGACUAUGGGUCAAUAACAUGAGCAAGGCUGUAGAAGAUGAACCAGCAGAAGUAGAAUUGGAGGGCCGGCCUUCUAGGCUCGGACUUGGUGCAAAAGAAGUUCCACGCCAUUCUAAAGCUAGACUAUCAAAUGACCCUGUCGAAAGGAGGUUAUAUGCCAAGUUGGAAGCUGGAAAGAGAAGAGCUGCUAAAAUUAUUGAGGAUUCCAUUGUACCAGCUAGAGAUUGCAACGAGGAUGAUGACAGUGACAGAGAAUUAGAAAGCAGAACCAGUACAUUUGCAAAGAAGAGACCAGGUCCUCAAGUACAAUCUCUACAAGUUAAGAAGAAACAGAAGUAACUUGUUACCUCAUCAAACAUCAAAUGUAACGUUUGUGUUUUGUAUCUGUUAAAUCAUUUUUCAUGUUCAAAUUUGAUGGCUGCAUAUGUUCCACCCCCCCUCAACUUAGAGAAUUAUCAUAGCAUCCUUUUGAAAUCUCUUGAUCUUUGAUUAGUGUAGCAAGCUGUUGGACUUGGUUGCUGGGAAUCCUUCUUAGCUUAACAUCGUGAAAGACACUAGAAUCUGUAUAGUAGCUUGAUGGGAAUUGGUGUGAGAUGUUAUGGGUUGCGGACAAUUUAAAAAGAAUUUUUUUUCUU